UUGGGGCCGCUGCAGCCCCAGAGCAGUGUUCAAUUCGCAUCAACUCCGCGUUUCUUAUUUAGAGGCGAUAGUCAUUCUCAUCGCCCCACAGCAGUUGAGGAGAUCAACCGGGAUAACCAAGAGGAUGUUCAACGUUUGAAAAGACCAUCUUCUUCUCUUCAUGGUGAAGUAAUUCAGGAUUCGGAUUCGGAAUCGGAAUCGAUAGAUAAUACCGGAAGCAUUUUGUCUGGACGUGGAGACGAGCCAGGUAACCAGACUGUCACCAGUGGAGACGCAUGUGGCAGCGAUGAUGAAAUAAUAGUCCCCUUUUCUCCCACUCGGCCAAAAACUAAGCGGCAAAAGCAGCUCUUCAAGUCACCUCCGAUAAGGGCUGAUCCCAAUGCUAGGAGGAGCAUCCCCGGCGACGAUGCUAUUGCGUCUUCUUCUCUAGGGAGCUCGCCGCCGGCCUUUGCGGAGGAUACUAGGAGCCCACGCUCCGAGCUAAAUGAAGAGGAGAUUGUUACACCUGUUCGAAAGGAGCCAUUCCAUGGGCAAUUAUCGGCCAGUCAUCCUCGAUUUAUUGUUAAUCAAAGGCAGAUCGAUACCCCCACGCAACUGAACUAUUCUCAAGUUCACUAUCACGGGGAAGCAGUGGCCCCUGAAUCUACACCACGACAGAAACCUCGUUUUGUUCUACCAUCUACCCCAGAAGCCGCACUUGGUGAGAAGAAGACAGGUCCCGUGACGAGCCCCAGCCCAUUCUCCCCACUGGUACGUCGCUCAAAGCGUGGCCGUGCUAGUUCGUUAGCCAAGCCAGAUUUUAUCUCCGAUGGAAUGGCGACGCAAGUUCGAAACUGGAUACUAGAAAUUGGGGUUAACCGUCUGGCUACCGGCCAGCCAUCACCGUUACCAGCUUCGAUGCUGUUUUCAUCUACGCACCCGGUGUCGGGUAAUAAUGAUGCCGGCGCAAGCCAGGUAUAUCCCCACGACAAUCACUGCCUCAUUACGAAGGUUAGCGUGGCAAAGCUUUCAACUAAGCGUUUUUUCCGUGGAGCUGGGCACCCAGCGCCAUUUAUACUUUGCAAGCAUGAAGUAGGAGAUAAAUCAGCUUUAUUUACGACGCUUCUACUUAACCCUCCUCUAAAGGCACCAUCAUCAUUAAUAUCUACCUUCAAGACAAUUCAGGACGGGAGUUCCAUUGGCAUUAGAAAGGCGCUUGCAUGGGAGAUAGAGAUUGACUCGUUUCCUACUGACCUUGACUACGCUAGGAAAGACAAUAUUGAUACGACCGAGAAACCCUCUCAACUAUGCUUGGUGGGGACUCACUGGGAUAUAAUAGACUGA